ACCACUUGCUCUGCCCGCGAAUGUGUUCUCCUGCAUGAGCUCCUCCCCCCCCCACAACUCUACAAAAUACCGUCGAUUUUAGGUGUACGAACUAGAAGAAUGUCCUUCUUCUCAAGGAAGAAGCAACAACCCCAGCCUCAACAGCCAUCCACCGUCACUGUUGCUCAGACUCCCAGCCAGGCACUCGCCCAACUUUCGGCCUCCGGUGCUAAGGAACCACAAUCUCAAAAUCAGCAGAGGAAUGAACAGGAAUUCGCUCCCAGUAGUCAGAACAGCAACAGCGGUCUGAAUGGUCAGCCGGGACCACAACAACAGCAAGCGCGGCCCAAAAAUGGUAUUCAGAACGGCCCAGCACCUCAACCUCAGCAAGGUCAACCACGUUCGGGUUUCCCAUGGUCAGCCCAUCGACUCAACCUUCCUCCACCCGUCGUUCUCAACAAGCCUGGCGUUGUCCCUUCCACAUCACCCUCUCCUUCUCCAUUUCCCCGCUAUGGCCAUGCCCUUCCCGCUUCACCAACCGCCAAUGGUGACCUCUACAUUUUCGGUGGCCUCGUCCGUGAAUCCGCACGUAACGACCUCUACCUAUUUUCGAGUCGAGAGCAGUCUGCAACCCUCCUUCAGACUGCGGGAGAUGGGCCUACGCCCCGUGUAGGACAUGCUAGCGCCCUCGUCAGCAAUGUGCUCAUCGUAUGGGGCGGUGACACGAAGACAGACCCAAAAUCAAAACCGACUGACAAGCAAGACGACAAUCUCUAUCUCCUCAAUCUGGUCUCCCGAGAAUGGACCAAAGUAUCGGUUUACAACUCAGGUCCUGUUGGUAGAUACGGACAUGCGGUGACGAUGGCAGCAGGCUCCAAAUUCUUCGUCUUCGGUGGUCAGGUUGAUGGGGAGUUUUUGAACGACCUGUGGUCGUUUGACCUCAACUCUCUUCGAACGAGAGCCACUUGGGAGCUCGUAGAACCAGCAUCAGCAGAAAAGCCAGCCCAGCGUACAGGUCAUAUCUGUGUCACCUACGAGAACAGGAUACUAGUAUUUGGCGGCACCGACGGCCAAUAUCACUAUAAUGAUACUUGGGCAUUCGAUUUGAACACUCGAAAAUGGUCGGAACUGCAGUGUAUCGGGUUCAUUCCUUCUCCUCGCGAAGGACAUGCUGCCGCUCUUGUUGAUGACGUGGUCUACAUUUUUGGCGGACGAGGCGUGGAUGGCAAAGAUUUGAGCGACUUGGCUGCGUUCAAAAUAUCGAAUCAGAGAUGGUACAUGUUCCAGAACAUGGGGCCAUCACCCACAGGACGCUCCGGUCAUGCGAUGGCUGCAGUUGGACCCAAGGUUUAUGUUUUGGGUGGUGAAUCCUUCACUCCAACAAAGGGAGAUGAUCCAAGUUUGGUUCAUAUUCUGGACACGAAGCACAUCAAAUAUCCAGUGGCGGCUCAACCACCCCCAGCUCAGGGUGGUGUUUCCCGUAAACCCUCGACAAAUCCAGCGCCCACGCAACUCCCUAAUGGUACUGCCAAUGGAAGCCGACCAAUGUCACCCAGUGUUGUUUCAGAGGAGGACCCACGACGAGCCAUGUCUCCACCUAACAUGAAGAACAAGCCACCUUCAGCUAACGACAAAGGCAGAGCACCCGUCCGACCUCCCCGUGAAGACGAAGACACCGCAGAAGACAGCAUGGAUGAAGCUCCUCCUCGAGCUAUGUCACCUGCUCAAGUGGCUCAGAUAAGGGCGAAAAGUCCUCCUUUUGCUGUCGCAAAUCGUGCUGUUUCACCGACUAAUGGCAUGAACGUCACUGAUGGGUCGUCAAUGAACAUGGUAGGCGUGUCACUGGCCCUCAGCGGACGAGCGUCACCCGCCAUGGACCGCGACCGUAGUCGGCCUGUGGAUGUUAUUCCAAAUCCAUCACCAUUGACCGGGCACCAACUUGGCCAUGCCUCUCGAAAUGGUUCCGUGAAUGUUACCUCCGACUUGCUCAGAGAUCUCAAAGCCAAAGAACAAGAGCUGGAAGUAGUCAAGCGUCAAAUGAUGUGGAUGAAGGAGUCGCUAGCAAAGGCAACCAAGGCUGGUUAUGUCUAUGUUGACCGCGACGGAGAAGUUGUUACCGCCGAAGGGAGCACUGACAGCUCCAUUGAGCUCGCUAUGAAAUUCAAGCACUUCAAGGCCCAGAUGCAGACAAUGAUGGCGGAUCAAGCUCGUUUAGCAUCAGAACAGAUUGCCGACGCUGAAAGAGUGAAGACUAGUGCUUCUCAGGAGGCUGCCUACUAUCGAGCAAAACUGACGGCUUUGGAGAAUGGCAAUACCGCGGAAGUUGCUAGGCUGGACAAGGACAGGUCGGCUGAAUUAGAACGACGCUUGUCCGACCUGAUGAAGGACCGUUGGGAACAAGACCGGAAAAUGAGCGAAUUAUCAGACUCUCUAGCUCUCCAAGAAACCUUGUAUGAACAAGCAGAAGCUAGAGCGGCCGAUGCCUCGACACGCGCGGAAAUGGCCGAAGAAGCCCAUGAGCGGACGUUGCAACAACACAACAGUAUUCAAACGCGGCAUUCCAACCUUGAAGUCCAACUCCGAGAUCAUGCUGACCGCUUACUGUCACAAACCACGGCAUACCAACAGAAAGAGGCUGACGAGAUGAGCUUGAGGGUCCAAGUCGACGAACUUAUCCAAGCACGUGACCAACACUUGCGUGCAUUGGAGCAGGCUCGUACUGCCCUACAAGCCACUUCUUCGCGCUCAGAGGAGGUUGAUGCCCAACAUGCCAGGGCCCGCGAACAAAUCAGUUCCCUCGAAGCUGACCUCAUUGAUUUACGAGCUGAACUUGACUCGCGAACUGCUGAGGCCGACGGACUCCGUUCACGACUUGCUGAUGUGGAAAACUCAUGGGCGAAGUCAAGAGAAGAAGCUGAUGCUUUCCGUGCACUCACAACAGGCGGUCUGGGCGAACUACUUGACUCUCACCGUGAUCUGAAAUCGGACGAGGAUCGGCUAGCGCGUGGUCAUGCCGAGAAGACCCAGGCUAUGGAGGCAGAGGCCGUUUCGUUGCGCAAAAUGCUCAAGGAAGCCACCCAGAAAGCUGACCAGGCUCAAAGUCAACUGUCGGAGGAACGCAAGCGAGUUCAUGAUCACGAGACGGAGCAAUCGUCGCUGAGAUCCCAAAUCGUGGCCGUUCGAGUUCAGCUGCUGAAUGCUCUGGCAGACGCAGGUCGUCUCAAAAAAGACCUCACUGACAGAGAGGCUCAACUUUCUGACAAAGCUAAGGAAGCCACCGACGCCACUGUUCGCCUCGGCAUGUUGCGGAAUUAUCUGGCAGAGAAUGGCAUUGGUGUCGAUGAAGACUCUGAAAGAUCUCGGUCACGUGCCAAGGGUGCUGCAUCUCCAUUAGUGGCGGAAUUGGAAACCAAGCUUGCCGAACGAACUCGCCUCCACGAAAAUACAGAACGCGAGUUGGCUAUGGCAGUGCGGCAGAAGCGCGAUAUCGAGGCUCAACUUGCUCAACUCUCCAGUCAACUGGACCGCUUGCGAUCAACUCAAAGUCCAGCCGUUACGCCCAACCCAGAAGCCGAGGCCCGUGCUGUCGAAGCGGAACGCAAGCUGGAGGAAACCGAGCAAGGCUAUAAAGCUCGAAUGCAACAGAUGGAAGAAGACUAUCAACUCGCCGUUCAUUAUGUCAAGGGCACAGAGAAGAUGAUGCGGCGAAUGAGAGAUGAGUUGACGAAGCAAAAGUCAACUAAUGUCAGUCUUCAAGCAGACCUUGACGCAGCGCGCGGUGUCAAAUCUCCACAAGACAGAAAACUGUUAAAUGGCCGGUCAACGCCGUCGUCUGAUGAUGGCAAUGACUCUGCUUUGCGCGGUCAACUUGUGGAUGCCCAACGACAAGUACAGCGACUUAGCAACGAGAACAAGGAGCUUCGUUUGCGUUUGGAGAACCUCGAAAAGGAUCUUGAGUCCCUCCGAGACAACUUGUUGGCUUCCCAGCGAGAAUCAGAUGACCGUCUGAUUCAAGUUGAAGACCUGCAACACGAGGUGGAUAGACUGCAGUCCUCGUUGGUGAUUGCUCGUGGGGGGCACGAGGAGACACUUCUUGAGAAGCUCAGCAGCGAAAACACCACUCUACGGAGGGAAAAUGAGCAGCUUUCACACAAAAUCGGGCUCCUCCUUGAAGUUGAUCAGCCGUCGUUCGGUCGAGGAAGACCAAUAUCAGGCAUUUCAGCUCGUCGGGUUAGCAAUUCGAGCUCAGAAAAUGCUCUGGCGUUUGAACAUCUCAGUUCCGAGUUGGAUGACUGGCAACGUCAACUGGCGAGUUCGAUGAGCAAUCGACGACCGUUGAGUGAUUUUGAUUCGGAGGCUGAGCGAGCACGGUCUCCUCGUUGA